AUGGGCCGUUCUUCAAAACGCCGUUCAGGUGGCUUAACCGCGAGGUCAUCCUUUUUGAAACCUUCAUCUUCAAAUGGAUUAGGAAGAGGAAACAACACAAGUGCCCAAAAUUAUGCAGGAGGAAAUAUUAUGCACCCACAGCAAAAGUCAGGAGGGUUUAUAUCAAAUAUGAUGGGAACUGUAGCUAGUGGAAUGGCAUCAGGUGUUGGUUUUGGAGUUGCUCAAAGAGCUGUUGAUUCACUUUUAGGCCCAAGACAUUUAGAAGUAUCACAAGCCAAUAAUAAUGCCCAACUAAAUCAAGUUGGAGCUAUGAAUAUGGAAAGAAAUAAUGACUUUAAAUGUAAAACAUUUAGAGAUGAACUCAAUCAAUGUAUGAUGUCCCAUUCUGAUAUCAGCCUAUGCCAAAAUUACGCCGACUCCCUAAAGUCAUGUCAGCAAUCUAUGUAA